UGACCAGAAGCUGAACAAGUUAAUCAAAUCUAUAGCAACGACAAUCACAAUGUUAUAAUGAUAGUCAUGUGACCAAUGUUUGCCCACAGAGACAACAAACAGUACAUUACAUGUGUAGCAUUCAUAUAGCUGAUUGAGCAACUCAGUAACAAGUUGUGCAUUGUAUACAAAGUUUGAGGUCAGUCAAUAGAAAGUGAACUGUAUUUUCUAAUCUACAAACAAUAUCUACAGCUCAUUGAAUAAAGACAUACGAAAGCAAUGGAUCUAUCUCCAUUGACACAAGGGGAACAAAAGAAUGAACAGCCACAACAAGUGAGCAGUCACAGUCCGUCAGCUCAACACACUAGUUGGCCACCAACUGUUUACGGCCCACACUCCUCUCACACUAUAACAGAACAAUGUAUCACUGUUUCAAAUACCACUCAGAUGACUACUAGCACUCACACAGGAAAAAUAUCUAAAUUUCCUAUACUUUCAGGAUAGUACAAAAUUUCCUGUAGACUUUUCUUUAUGAAUCGUACACAUGUCCUGAACUUCUUCAGGAAUAGUAAAGGAAACUAUACAGGAAACGUUGCACUAUCCUUUGUAAGUAGGUUGCAGGACACUUGCAGGACACCUGCCAUUUUUCAGGAAAUGUGCAGAUUUUAUGGGCUGCACUGUAGCAGCACUGUAGCAGGAAAUUUAAAUAUUUUCCCUGUGUCAUUCACAGUCAAAUGCUCAUUUCCAAUCGUCCAUUAGCGCUAACACUGAACAAAUAGAGGCCCGUCCUCAAGUUGAUGAUUGUCUGAGUGCUCCACCAGCUAAAAGGGUGCGUUCCGAUAACCAUGAACAGCUCAAUUCUAUAGCUACAAGUAAACAUUCGUUGUCUACCGGAACCAGAAGCACUAUAGCAAGUUCAAGUCAGACAACACCAGCUGGUAGUCAAUACUUAGACUUCAAUGAAAUGUACCAAGAACUUUAUGAAGUCAGCCCAAAAUGGUACAACCUAGGCCUUGCACUGGGCCUUGCUCCACAUAUCCUCAAUAUCAUUAAACACAAUAAUAAAGACGACUGUGAAACCUGUUUAAGGGAAAUCCUAGGACAACGAUACGAUGACACCACAAAGUCAAUUAUAACAUGGGAAGAAAUAGACAAAGCUUUAAGACAACCUACUGUUCAAAUGAUUGCAUUGGCUGAUAAAAUACAAGAAAAAAUAUCCAUAAAAAGCCUAUCAACAAGUAGCUCACAGCCUAGCAGUGACCCCACUACAGAAUGUGUUGUGAGGUACACCAGCUUCGUCAAAGACAGGUACAAACAGUUGUUACCUUUUCCAGACGAUUGGCCACCACCAUUUAAAGAUAAGUUUACAAAACUAGCUCUAAUAGAGAGAAAGAAUGAGACGCGAUUAACUCAAGCUAAACACCAACCAUCAAUCCAGUAUGAUUACGCUACUGGUAAUGUGGACAAUAUUGUUGAGAGAAAGAAAGCGAUCACACUAGAACAGAUCUUCGAGCCUUUAAGUGGCGAUUCCGAAAUAGCUGCACCAAACAGGUACACUGUUUUAAUGGACGGAGCCCCAGGAGUAGGCAAAACCACACUCAGCAGGAAGAUAUGCAUUGAUUGGGCACAAGGGAAGCUCAUCAAGGACCACCACAUUGUUAUCCUCAAACCACUAAGGGAACUAAGAGGUCACACAGCUGCCUCAUUAUCUGACCUAUUAAACGCUGACGACUUUGAGCAACAUGAAAAGGAGAAGAUCGUCAAGCACAUGAAAAGCACGUUUGGUUCGGGAGUCAUAUUCAUCUUCGAUGGUUUUGACGAGCUGAGUGGCGAGCAACGAUCUGAUAAGAAAACUAUUUUCUGGGAUAUAAUUCGAGGGAAUCGCCUAUACAACUGUUCUGUGCUGGUUACAUCACGCUCAUACGCCUCAGGCCCACUACAGGAUAUCAACCGUGUCAAUCGACAUGUUGAAGUAUUAGGAUUCAAGAAAAGGAUAUUGAACAUUGUAUUAAGCAAAACGUUGCAGACAAGACAAAAGCAAAGAAGCUAAUACAGAUGCUGAAAGAGAGGUUGGAUAUUGUCUCCCUAUGCUAUAUCCCUCUAAACUGCAGGAUUGUUCUGUAUGUCUACCAGCAACAAGAUACCUUACCCAACACACUCACACAACUCUAUGAGAUAUUCAUUUUGUACACACUUAAACACUACAAGAACAAAAUAUUUCAAGAACGAGAGCAUGAAAUUGACAAUGACCAGAUAGAACAUGCUAAUACUAUAACGACAUUGCCAACUCAAGUUGUCAAGUGUCUAGACUACCUAUCAGAAACUGCAUUCACAGGAAUGACUCAAGACAAACUGGUCUUUGAAUAUACAGAAGUCACUAAAGAAAGAGGUGCUUUGUCACUGGGACUGUUAAACCUAAUAAAGUGUACGGGGGCUCAUUAUUAUCAUUUAACCAUUCAAGAGUUUCUAGCAGCCAGACAUCUCGCACUAACAAAGAGCAACAAAGACAAACUAGAGUUCUCUACAUCCAAAAUUGGUGAUGAUAGAUUUAGAAUGACUUUACUCUUUCUCUCUAGAUUGACUCAACUUGAUUUUCUUCCCAUUGAACAAGCCUUCCCAGCUCAGAAAUCAAUAGACACUCGUGUGGAGCAUAAAUACAAAAACAAAACAAAAUCUUUGCGAAAAGAAGAAAAAUCUCGUUUCUUGUUCCUAGCCCAUCUUCAAUAUGAAAGCAGACAAACAACACACAACUGGCUCAUGCCCUGUCUAGUGACUAAUUCACUCAACUUGUCAGAGCAGAGUCUCUCUCAGUUCGACUGCCUUGUCUUGGCCAACUUUCUCGCCCUAACUCCCAAAGAUCACGUGUGGGAUGAGGUAAACUUGUCCCAGUGUGGUCUCACUAAUGACCGCUUCAACACAAUAAUUACAAAGAAACAUUCACAAAGACACGUUUCAGUAUUGUGCUUAACUAAACUAUUAGAUGUCACUUCUAACAGAAUCAAUGCUGGGGAUCUACAUGUAUUGAUGCCACUAUUAUCAGUAGAGUCGAAGGUGGACAGUAUUAGUAUCCCACACUACGAAUCAUGCACUGAGUUCAGGAAGUUAGAAGAUGUUGCGAAAGGAAUAAGGUAUUUAUAUUUUGGUAAACACUCUACAGAUCGCAAUCAAACAGUGCUAUCAAGUAGAGAGAUGAUCGUUUCCACACAUUCAAAAAUUUGCUCAGGAAUUCUUACCAAAUUUUUUGAGGUUAUUCGACCUAAAGUUUUGAAACGACUGUCACUGGCUGGCCCCAAAGCUUUUGAAGAUUGCCCGGAUUGUUCUGGCUCUGGAAAUGAGGCUUGGGAAAGUGUUUGCAAUAUCAUUAAAAAUAGCAAGCAUUUAGAAUACCUUCAAAUUCACAAGAGCCAGUUCCAUUUAUACGAUAUUGUACCACUAAUGGUAGCUGUGCAAAACAAGAGAAACUUACGUACCUUACAAAUACCAGGAAACAAAAUAAGCCACGAAGGUUCUAAUACAAUUACGAAAUAACUUGCCAGUGAAUGUAUAUGUGCUCACAUUUCAACAUCUGAUAAGGUUAAAUUGACAAUGUCAGUACACAAGGACAAACUAGUUUAUUUUGAUAUUGAGUCACUUGACAAGUACAUACAAGAUGUUGACUCAGAGGAUCUAUUUAUGCCCUUUAUGCCCUUGCUAGAAGAAGAUUUGUCAUCGGAACUACAUGGAGUAUCUGUUACCACUAAAUCAGUCGUGUCCAAGGCUCUACUGAGAUCAAUAGGAAAUAGCAAAACGGUGACUAGUUUAACAUUAGCCAAUCUUUCUAAUGAGAAGCUCACAAAAUGUGCUGGGGAAUUUCAAGAUAUGCUUAAGAAGACCAAGAUUUUGCAAACACUGAAACUGGACUCGUGUGAACGAAAUGACACAUCUAUCAAACAAUUAGAGGAUGGACUCUUACUCAAUCCAACUGUGGCACUCAAGUUAGAACACUCUAGAUGGGGAGACAGCAGCUACAAGUCUUGAAAGUAAUAUUAAGUGAUAAUUCAGAAAGUUUAUUCCAUGCUCUAUCAGAUAAUCAAAGCUUGAGAGAACUCAGUAUCAAGACUACUGGCAAGAUGGCAACAUUGUUGUUUCAAACACUCUCAUCAACUUCCGUCACCACUUUAGACUUAUCAAUGCCUUACAGAAGUGAAGAAGGAUUUGGAAAUGAGGGAUCUUUAGCCUUUAAAGAGUACAUGUACAUUCAUGGAAGAAAAGUGCUAACAGUUUGAGAGUUACCGAUUUUGGUUUAACAGAAGAAGCAUUUAAGGGAAUUACUUUUACAAAGGACUCUCCUUUGAGAGAACUUUCUAUCAACUGUAAUAAACUAGUGUUCAAGCUGGCGCUGUGCUAAUGCCUCUCGCCAUGUUUUUGCUUUCGCUGAAAAGUAUUAGAGUGUUAUAUUAGUUUCUAUAAUGAAUAUUAAAGUUAGCUUAUCUAUAUAAAGUCACUGAGAAGAAAAUACUUAUUUACAUGCAUCUAUUGCUGUAUUAUGUGGCUUACCAGGACCUCAAGAAAGAAUAAGAAAAUUGAUUCUUCCAGGAUCUGUGUAGUUCAGUGUAUAUAAUAUCUAAGAAGAAAAGACCUGUGUACAUGCAUAUUGUUAUCUAUAUUGUUAUUAGCCUCGAUUCCAGGCCGCUAAGAGAGGUUUAGGCCUUGAGAAGGAGGCUAUAUUGUUAUAUGGUAGUGUUUUGUGGCUUACCAGGCCUUCAAGACAAAGAUGAUUCUGCCAGGAGGAUCUGGAUCUGGAUCUUGGAUAUUAUUUCUCACACAUGGGGAAUGAGCGCGCAUGCGCAUUACAUACACAGGAAUAAUUAAAGGGUGUGUCCAAAGAGAUCAAUUUUCACAAAUGGCUACUGCUAGCUAGCUGUUACAUUACACAGAUAUUUUCUGAGUAUUGUAGCUAACAAAAAGCUAGCGCUUUAGUGCAAGGCCAACUCAUAUGUUGAAUAGAAAGUUUGUGCGGACAGAUGAUGCUAUGAAAGAUUCUGAAGAGACUGCAACAGCCUUCAAUGUGAGUCAAACUAGCCAUAACUCGAGAAAGAAGCUUUAAUUUACUAAUCCACGAAUCAAAAUCCAAGAGAACGUGGCUAGAAGCCUAUAGAAGCUGUUAGCUUUCGUCGCAUUGCAACCGUUGAGCAGUUACAGCUGGAACAGACACACACACAGACACACACACACACAGUCAGCUUUACCGUAUCCCUCGUGCGGCUACGCCUCGAGGCAUAAAUAGAGAAAGGUUGGACAGAACUUUUCAAUAGUCUUUGUUCAUCACGCAUCACCACACUAGACGUCAGUGGUAAUAGCUUGAAAGGAGACGAGUGUUCCACAGCUUUGAAACGUCUACUCAUCAACAACAAAACAUUGACUGUUCUAAAAAUAGGUCGUCUGUAUGAGACAAAUGAUGACUUGGUUUGUUGUAUUGCUGACGCUCUGUCACAAAACUCGUUGAAGAAACUAACAAUCAGCACCCACAACUUCAUCUUAACUUUUAGUUAUGCAUGGACAAAACUAUUUGAAAGUUUACAUGAAAACACAAUGUUAAACACGCUAGACUGUAGUGAAGUUGAAGUCUACCGAAGCAAUGAAGUCCCUAAAUCUUUGUGUGAAUUGCUAAAAUACAAUCAAAACCUUCAAAAUCUAAAUAUUGCCGAUUGUUUCAUUGAGCGUCAUUUGAAAGAGUUUGCAAUGGCACACAUUCAGAGAAAAUCUGUCCUAAAUUUAACUGUUGAAAAAUUGGAAGAUCAUUUAAUGAAAGAGAUCGAGGGACUUGAAACAGAUACUGACAAGGAGUACAACAUCAAAAACAAAUAAAAAGUACCACUGUAUAUUUAGAGACUGCUAUAAUAAAAUGCUCAAUAUUAAUUAAGGAAGACGUUCGUUAGAAAUAAA